UCUACUCCAUGCACGCCAUCUUCGUCAAAGAAAAAGAGCAGUAGUUAGGGUUUGGAAGUUUUUGGUGUUUUAGUGUCCUACGUUGGUGACAAGUUCAUAAUUCUGCUUGAAAUAAUUAGCAAGAAUGAGUGCUAGCAUGGAUCUGUCAAAAUUGAAAGUUGUGGAGCUUCGUGCUGAAUUAUCAUCUCGAGGUUUGGAUACAAAAGGAAACAAAGCGGUUCUCGUUGACAGGCUGAAGGAAGCUCUGGAUCGAGAAGCAGUUCAAGGAGAAGAGGAGGAGGAGGAAGGAGGAGGUAGGGAAGUAGAGGCUGCAGAAGAUGAAUUGCUAUGGGGCGAUGAGGGUGAAGAAGAAGAAGAAGAAGAAUUACCCCCAAAGAUAUCACAGAAUGAAUCAGAAUUAGAGGCAGAUUCACAGAUGGACACAAGCUAUGAAGAAGAAGCCAAGCCAGUGCCUGUCAUUAAAACAGAACCUGAACUGGAAGCUGAAAAACAAAAGACUCAAAAAGUGGAAGAGCCCACGCAGGCCCCUGUAUCUGACAGUUCACCUAAGGAUGUAAAACCAGAAAUAAAGCAAGAAUCUGUUACUAAAGAGGAGAAUAAAGAUCAGAUGGAUGUUAAGGUGGUUUCAACAGAAAUUAAAACAGAAAAGGAGCCUGAAGUAAUUGAAGUGAAAGAUGAGCCUGAGGAGAAAAUCGUUGUUGAUACAAAAGAUGAAAAUCGUGAUCGCAGGGAUAGAGAGGAACGUCGUGGUGAGAAACGUCGACGAUCUCCUAGUCCUCCUCGCAGAAGGAGUCCUCCAAGAAAACCAGAUGAUGAACCAGAUUAUGAUGAUACAGGUGUUAUCCUAAGCUGGUAUGAUUCGGACUUAAACCUGGUUAUUGACAAAGAAAGUUUUGCUUCAGCUGCACCCAUGUUUGAUCAUGGGUUUGGUUACAUCUGGGCUGGAGCACGAGCCACAUAUGGGUUUCAGAAAGGAAAAGUGUUUUUUGAAGUUAGAUUGAUUGAAAAUUGUGAUGUGUCCCACCUGGGAGAUGAACCCACCCCUCAUGUUGUAAGAGUUGGCUGGUCUGCAGGUGACACCUCUAUGCAACUGGGGGAAGAACCAUUGUCUUAUGGUUAUGGUGGAACUGGUAAAGCUUCAACUGACUGCAAGUUCAAGGAUUAUGGAAAGUCAUUCUGUGUUGGUGAUGUUGUUGGAGCACUUUUGGAUUUGGACAGUGAUGCAGUUACAAUGAUAUUCACUAUAAAUGGAGAAACGCAGGGUGUGGCAUUUAGCAUUAAUCGUUCUGAACUCCAGGAUAAGGCUCUGUUCCCACAUAUUCUGAGCAAAAAUACCAAAUUCAGAUGUAACUUUGGCAACGAAGACUCCUGGUUUCCACCUCCAGAUGGUUACACAUUCGUGUCACACAUAGCAGCAGAUCAGAGAGUUAGUGGCCCAAAACGUCCAGAGAAAAGAGAGGACUGUGAGAUAAUUAUGAUGUGUGGUCUACCUGGCUGCGGGAAGACAACGUGGGCUAAUGAGUACUAUGCGAAGCAUCUGGACAAAAAAUACAACAUCCUUGGAACGAAUAACCUGAUAGACAAAAUGAAGAUGAUGGGCCUGCCAAGGAAGAGGAACUACGCUGGCCGCUGGGAUGUACUUAUUGACAAGUGCACAAAAUGUUUGGUGAAACUGCUAGAGGUUGCAUCUCGUCGCAGGAGGAAUUACAUACUGGAUCAGACCAAUGUCUAUCCAUCGGCCCAAAGACGCAAAAUGAGGGGUUUUGAGGGCUUCAUACGGCGAGCAGUAGUAAUUGUACCAACAGACGAGGAGUUCAAGAGGCGUGUUGAAAAACGGGAGAAGCUGGAAGGCAAAGAUGUUCCAGACUCUGCUGUCCUAGAGAUGAAAGCCAAUUUCAUGCUGCCAGAGGUGGGUGACAUAUUCAACGAAGUAUUAUACAUUGAACUGUCGGAGGCAGAUUCCCACCUCUUGGUAGACAAGUACAACAAAGAAGGGCGAGAUGCGGGGUAUGGACAGUCACAGAAACGCCAUCGAAAUGACAACCGUGAUGGAAGGGACAGGUCCUCAUUCCGAGGAGGAUACAGACCAAGAGGUGGACCAGAUAACAGGAACCGCAGUGGUGGCUGGCUCCCAAGAGGAGGAGGAGGUGGGGGUGGAGGUGGUGGCUGGAGAGACAGAAAUCAGCCUCAUAGUGGUUUCCGAAGUGGUGGAACAGGAGGAGGUGGUAGUGGAGGGGGUGGUGGCGGAUGGAGAGGAGGUCGCGGCGGCAGUGGUGGUGGUGGUGGUCGGGUAGGUGACUCCCAUGGCAAUAGAGGCUUUGAUCGUAACCGCCCUUCAGGAGGCAGUCGUAAUCAGCAGUCUGGAGGAAAGGGAAACUGGGGAGGUUACAAUCAGGGAGGCGGAGGAGGUGGUGGUGGCAGUGGCAGCGGAGGUGGCGGUGGCAGUAGUGGUGGCGGCAGUGGUGGCGGUGGCAACUGGGGAGGUACUGGUGGUGGAAACUGGGGACCCCAGGGCUACAACCAACAAGGCUGGACACAGCAGAACUACCAACAACAGGGUUGGAAAGGAUAUGGCCAGCAAGCCAACUAUGGACAAAACUAUCCUCAACAGGGGUAUGGCCAACAAGGUUAUGGGAACGGAGGCGGUUAUGCCAAUUGGACUCAGCAGUAUUACAACAACCAGGCUUAUGGCACUGGAACACAGGGAUGGGGACAGACCGGAACAGAUGGCACAUAUGCUGGUUAUCCACAGCAGGGAACUUGGCAAGGCUAUGGGCAGAGCAAUUACAACUAUGGUAAUACAGGCACGGGGGCUGGACAGCAGACGCAGCAGAAUAAGUAAACCCUUCCAUGCUGCAUUGUCACUUUCAUAACAAAAAUCUACAGGUGGUACCAUGUUUUAUGUAUAGAUAUAAAGGUGGCUAUUUUAAAAUCCACUGUUUUCUUCCUGUAAAGACACAAUACAUGACAUACUUUUUAGUGAUAGUAUCAAUGAUAACAGGCACAAAGAAUUUUUCUUUUGCUGUUCAUAGUUUCUGUAAUGUGUGAAGUAGUUUUAUGUGAAGUACUGUAUGACUGUACAGUUUUUUAAAACAUGGAUAUCUCCGGAGAGGAGCUACAUGUCACGUCACCUGCCAUAAGUUCUUAAGGGGUGUGAAUUAGGGGAGAAAUGAGCAGUGAAAUUCCAUUUUUCCCAUAAAAAUUAUAGACUGCCAGUGAAAUAUUAAUUUUGAAAAUGGAAAUUUGGAAAAAAAUAUUCCUUGGUCUGUAUGUGAUUAUUGCAGAAACAAGUACUGAUUUCGUGUUUCACUGCGUCAUUAGUGUUCACUUUUAGCUUUGGAUUUUCCAGGUAUAAGUUACAGCAUGGUUGAGCAUAGCCAGCAGCACCCAGUCUGAUGAAUUGUGCUGAAGAACUAUAGUACACUAUCCUAUUGUUCCAUGUGACUAACUGAAACCAUAUUGUAUUUUACUGCUUAUAUCACACUAUGAAUUUAUUCAGGUAUUUAACAGUAAUUCAGCCUUCACAGUGUUGUAGCAGAGUUCUGGAACCCAUUUUAUUAGAAAGUUGCACAUAACCAAGAAAUAGCAGUGCCCAUACUGAGUGUGAGAGUCAUAUUAUGUCUCUAUAUCUUAUUCAGAGUAAGAAUUGUAAAAAAGUAAAGCAGUGAAUUUGAGAACCCCUGCUGGAGCAAGUUUUCAAAGAUGUUGAUGGAAACACAUCGUCUGCAUUUAGAUGUCUGGCUCAGAGAUGAUAAGCAUGCAAGUUAACUUCCUUAAAAAAUACCCCCCACCCCCGCCAAAGACUAUUCUUAUCAUACAGUCCGUCUAAUAUUUGAACAUAGACAUUAUGUCAUCAGAAAGUCACUAAAUUCUAUUUUCAGCAUGCUGCUACUAUUCAUACAGAAUUCAGAAGCACGAGGUUAAUACAUCUCAGCAAAUGGCACAGGAUGUUUAAGGAUAAUGAUGUAAAAGGACUAUGAAAUCUGUAUGUAGAGAAUAAUGAAAUUAUGUUAAUGUAUUAUGUUAUCCUUAUGUUCCUAAUAUUUUAUUCUGUUGUGAUCUUAGUUUUGGUAUGCUGUAUUCUUACAAUUUUUUGACUUUCUAAUCUACUAGAAAUUUUAUAGAUGCAUAAUAAAUCACCUUGUUUGCUCUUACCAACAUAUUUGGCAAACAAAUUCCAGUUUGCAGCUGGAAGUAGACAGGCUGACGCUAGGCUUACCACUAAACAGUCAGUGGUAUUAGACUUUUAAUAUUCGAACUUUGGCCUUUUGAAUACUCAUAGCUAUGAAAUAGACCAGUUACUUCACAUGACAUUGCUUCAGAUAUAACUGUGCAUCAGUGUGAAAUUUCAGUUACUAGAAAAUUAUGUAUAAUGCGAACAAAACUUGCCAUCGUUUUGAUUGUUUCUUGGACAGUGACUGAUACCUCAGUAAUAUGUCUGUUUUCAUCAAGUUACAACUCACAGAAGGACGUGUCGAGUAUUUAGGUGCAUACUUAUAGCCUGCAAUGUUUCAUUUAAAGCAUUCAUGACUCAUCUUUAUAUACAUAUUCUUGUAUCUAAUAGGAGAGUCUUUCUUUUCAAAUCUUGUAAGCACAGUCACUGAGGUAUUCAUCAGAUUGCCUGUUCAGGCUUAUUUCAGUUUUGUAUUCUUUCUGAUAACUUUACCAGCAAAACAGUUUCAUUUUAUGUACAUUACAUUUCAACCUGGAUGUAGAGUGGUUGUUUUAAAUGGUAAGAACUUCAUAAAUAAAUAAUUUUAGAAAUAUAUUUUUUAUUCUGAAAUACUGUAGUUUGUCUUGCAGCUUGAAGCUUCAACAAAGUCACUGAUGUUAGAUACACAGCAUACAAAAUGUAUGUGGCACUGUUAUUGAUUAGGCAUUUUUCUGCCUUUGAAAUAUUUACACAAAUCACAUAGAAUAUACAAGAAAAGAUAAUGGUCAGGGUGAAGUCUAAUUGGUUAAGAACCACAUCAUGAGGUUGUAUGAGAGAAUGGAUCACAUUGAAUCUUCAUAAUAUUUUGCAUGACCUUUAAUUCUAUGUAAUUUUGAAGAAGUCUCUAUGAGAAACUUUGAAGGAAACUGCUACUUGUAGCACUGAAUCAUUGUUAUUUUGUCAUAAACUCAUUUUGUGUCCAUGAAACUGGUGUAAUUUUUAUACCAAUAAUGAUUAAUGUAAAAGUCAUACCAUAUGUACAAACUUUGAAGAAUACAUAUUCUGAACUAAG